GUCACCUGCCUCGAUAUUUCCGGCGGCGGAGGGCUUGGCGUGUCCACCAGCACGGACGGCACCAUGAAAAUCUGGCAGGCUGCGAACGGAGAAAUCACAAGACUUCUGGAAGGCCAUGUGUAUGAUGUGAAUUGUUGCAGGUUUUUCCCGUCGGGCCUCGUGGUUCUGAGCGGGGGAAUGGACGCCCAGCUCAAGAUCUGGUCGGCGGAAGACGCCAGCUGCGUCGUAACCUUCAAAGGUCACAAAGGAGGUAUUUUGGAUACUGCCAUUGUGGAUCGAGGGAGAAACGUCCUUUCCUGCUCUAGAGACGGCACCGCCCGGCUCUGGGACUGCGGGAAAUCCGCCUGCCUGGCUGUCGUGGCCGACUGCGGCUCCCCUGUCAACGGCAUCGCCGUGGGCGCCGCCGACAACUCGGUGAACCUGGGCGCUCCCGAAAAACCUCCCAGUGAACGUGAGAUCGGGACGGAAGGGAAGAUCCUGCUGCUGGCUCGGGAAGACAAGAAGCUUCAAGGAGUGGGACUGCAGAGCAGGCAGCCGGUGUUCCUCUUUGUGGGAUCCGACGCGUUCAACUGCUGCACGUUCCUCUCGAGUACUUAUUUCCUAGCGGGGACUCAGGAUGGGAACAUCUAUCAGCUGGAUGUGAGGAACACAAGCGCUCCAAUCCAGGUCAUUCAGAGAUCGGGAGCGCCAGUGCUUUCUCUGCUUCCCUACCGGGAUGGAUUCGUGGCCAGCCAAGGUGACGGAACCUGCUUUAUCAUCCAGCAAGACCUCGACUAUGUCAUCGACCUCACCGAAGCUGACUGUGACCCUGUGUACAAGGUGGCUUCUUGGGAGAAGCAGAUUUAUACGUGCUGCAGAGACGGGGUAGUGAGGAGAUACCAGCUUUCUGACCUCUAGGUGUUGUGAGCACUGAAUAGCAGAGAGAUGUGCUGGAGUCGCUGUUCCAAGCUUAUUUUCCUGUGCGGUGCGUGUGAGAUGUGUAAAUAGAAGUGUCUGAGGCUGUUGUGAUGACCAGGCUGUAAAUAGAGAGGGUUUUUGGUGGGAGGGGGAUACCUGUUAGAACACAGCUCUGUUUUUUCUGUGGGAAGUGGCUUUGAGGUGUUAGGUUCUUGACAUCACGUUGUUAUUAUUUUUUUUUUUAACCAUUGUUAAAAACUGCAGUUCCUGAGGGGAGGAUUAAACUGGGCUUGGGCGCGAUGGCCAUGAUUGUGCUGCGGUAUGGACUGAAAUAAAGCAACUGCUUUGGUAACGUGCGUGGGGAACAACAUUUUUGUGAGAAUUUUAAAAAUAAAAAAGAAUAAAAAGAUAAA